CUUUGACUUCAACCAUCACAGUCUGCGUCUGCCCUCAGCAGUGUGCAACCCCUUCCCUCGAUCAUUGACGAUCAUACACUCUCAAAGCAGCACCAUCAUAUCAUGCAGAAACAUCGUUCCACUCACUCCAUCGACCUUCCAACUCUCGAUCCGCCGGGCACUAAACGCAAGCUUCAUCGGCCCUUUGCAUUCACGAAAGUUAGGCCAAGAUACGAUCAGGUUGAGGGUUAUAUAGUCGCCGCAGAGCCCUUCGACACCUUACCCCGUGCCCUCAUUGCUUCCCGUCGACUCGCAUACAAGCCACCCGUCAUGCGCUAUGCGUGGCUCGCUCCUCGAGACUUGCUCCUCGACUAUGCACGAUCGCAUAAGCUGACGAGACAAUAUGGUCGCGAACUCAGCGAGUUCGAUACCAUGGAACGAGCGUUGGGCGUAAUCAGCAAGAAAUGCGGCGCACUGAUCCCCGACACUUUGCUCGAGUUACGUUCUACGCUUCUUGGCGGCAUGGAGCGCAGAACGCUCGUCAUAUCGUUAUACACCAACUACGAUCUGAAGCGGAGGGACCUUCCAUCGGACAAUGCUAUCGAGCUGAUACGGAAAGCGUUGGAUCUCAGAGGAUCCCCGAGGUGGUUCUUGGAUGGUAUGGACUGGCGGUGGUCGUAUUGGUGAUGCUGCGCUGUCGUUUUCCGCCCCUUUUCUCACCGCUUCAGGGUAAGCCUACUUUUUGUCGCCCUUAACUUUCUGAUUUGCGCUGACGGUUGAUCUUUAGCGCCACCUUCAUACCUCGUCGAGGAUACCCAGAUUCAGACUGCACGCUUUCAGACUGCUCUCGUAUUGACACGUCGCCAGCCCACCCUCCUCCCUCAUCCUAGAUUGCUCGUGCAUUUUUCCUCACGCAUCUUGUAUCAUAGAUAUAGUUGCACGUACGCUGUAUUCUUACUACGCUAUACAAGACUCUGUCAGACGCUA